CGGGGCGAGGGCCUUCGUAUAUAAGUGGGCCCCAGCCGCGCGGGGUCUCCAAUCUGCCAUUUUCUGUCCCCGAGUAAGUCUCUGGCGUCCCAAAUUCCUUUGGUUUUUCUCACAGGCUCUGUCUCUCCCAUUGGUUCACCACCUCAGGGGAACGAUGGCUACAGAGUCCACAGCGACUGCCGCCAUCACCGCGGAGCUGGUUUCUGCCGACAAAAUUGAAGAAGAUGUUCCUGCUCCUUCUACCUCUGCAGAUAAAGUGCAGAGUCUGGAUGUGGAUUGUGAAGCCAAGAAACUAUUGGGUUUAGGACAGAAACAUCUGGUGAUGGGGGAUAUUCCAGCAGCGGUCAAUGCAUUUCAGGAAGCAGCUAGUCUUUUAGGAAAGAAGUAUGGAGAAACAGCUAACGAGUGUGGAGAAGCUUUCUUUUUCUAUGGGAAGUCGCUUCUGGAGUUGGCAAGAAUGGAGAAUGGUGUGUUGGGAAAUGCCUUGGAAGGUGUGCAUGUGGAAGAGGAAGGAGACAAAACAGAAGACGAAUCUCUGGUUGAAAAUAAUGAUAACAUAGACGAGGAAGCAAGGGAAGAGUUGAGAGAACAGGUUUAUGACGCCAUGGGAGAAAAAGAAGAAGCCAAAAAAACAGAAGACAAGUCUCUGGCACAGCCUGAAACUGAUAAAGAACAGGAGAGUGAAAUGGAGAAGGGUGGAAGAGAAGAUAUGGAUAUAAGUGAGUCUGCAGAGGAGCUACAAGAAAAAGUUGAAUUGUCUCCAGAUCAGUUCACUGAAACCUAUGAAGAGUCAAAAGGAACAGCAGCACCAGAAGGACUGAAUGAAGCUGAGGUCACUUGUGAGAAGCAAGAACAGGAAGCCCCAGAUACUGAGGAAGAAAAUUCAGGGUCUGGAACAGAUAUCCAAGAAGAACACAGAGAAAAAAGAGAUCAGGAGAAGCAGGGAGAGGUAAUCUUGAACAUAGAGAAGAAGCCAAAAGAAGCUUCAGAAGAGCAACCUGUUGUGAUUCUAGAAAAGCAGGACACUGCAGUGAAGGUAGAAUCAGAACCUGUAGACCCAGUAGUCAAGCCAGUGCAGGUGGGUGGAUGUGAGCCAAAGAAGGUAGCUGCCUCUGAAAACGAGACAGGAAAGGGAAAGGCUGUUCUUGAGCAGCUCGUAGGGCAAGAAGUGCCUCCUGUUGAAGAGUCACCAGAAAUGACAACAGAAGCUGCAGAGGCCUCAGCUACAGAGGGUGGAUCAGAAGUCUCUGAGAAGCCUGGGCAGGAGGCCACUAUUCUUCCUAAGGAUGGUACAGUCAAUGGACUGCCAGCUGUAGGAGGUCAGACUCCUCUUGAACCACAGACUUCUGUAGAAAGACUGAUAGAAACAAAAGAUGGCUCAGGACUAGAGGAGAAGUUCAGGGCAAAGCUGGUUCCUAGCCAGGAAGAAACUAAACUGUCCAUAGAAGAGUCUGAGGCAGCUGGAGAAGGGGUUGAUACCAAGGUAGCCCAGGGAGCUACUGAGAAAUCACCUGAAGACAAAGUUAAGAUAGCUGCUAAUGAAGAGACACAAGAGAGAGAAGAACAGAUGAAAGAGGGUGAAGAAACCGAAGGUUCAGAAGAAGAGGAUAAAGAAAAUGAUAAGGCUGAAGAAACGCCAGAUGAUUUGGUUCUUGAAAACAAGUCUCUUCAAGAAAAUGAAGAGGAGGAGAUUGGGAACCUAGAACUUGCCUGGGAUAUGCUGGAUUUAGCAAAGAUCAUUUUUAAAAGGCAAGAAACAAAGGAAGCCCAGCUUUAUGCUGCACAGGCACAUCUUAAACUCGGAGAAGUUAGUGUUGAAUCUGAGAACUAUAUACAAGCUGUGGAGGAGUUCCAGUCUUGUCUAAACCUGCAGGAGCAGUACCUGGAAGCUCACGACCGUCUUCUUGCAGAGACCCACUACCAGCUGGGUUUGGCCUUUGGGUACAACUCUCAGUAUGAUGAGGCAGUGGCACAGUUCAGCAAAUCUAUUGAAGUCAUUGAGAAGAGAAUGGCUGUACUAAAUGAGCAGAUGAAGGAGGCUGCAGGAUCACUAACGGAAUACAAGAAAGAAAUUGAGGAGCUGAAGGAACUGCUUCCUGAAAUCAGAGAGAAGAUAGAAGAUGCAAAAGAGUCCCAGCGUAGUGGGAAUGUAGCUGAAUUGGCUCUGAAAGCUACUCUGGUGGAGAGCUCUACUUCCAGUUUCACUCCUAGUGGAGGAGCCUCUUCAGUUGCCAUGAUUGCCAGUAGAAAACCAACAGAUGGUGCUUCCUCAUCAAAUUGUGUCACUGACAUUUCCCAUCUUGUCAGAAAGAAGAGGAAACCAGAGGAAGAGAGCCCCCGGAAAGAUGAUGCAAAGAAAGCCAAACAAGAGCCGGAGGUGAAUGGAGGCAGUGGGGAUGCUGCCCCCAGCGGAAAUGAAGUUUCGGAAAACAUGGAAGAAGAGGCUAAGAAUCAGGCUGAAAGCCAGGCAACAGUGGAGGGGACAGUGGAGGCUGGAGCUACAGUUGAAAGCACUGCAUGUUAAGAGGGGGCAGAGCCUUCCUCCCAAGGGAAAGCGUUUUUGUAUAUAAUGUAUUUUUUCACUUUGGGGGGAUUCUUUUUGUAUAACUUCAAUAAAGAUUGUAAGCAAAGGUUGAGGCUUUGAUGGUUUUUUUUUUUUUUUUUUUUUUUUUUUAAUGGCGGAAUCUGUGCCUUGGAGCACUCCAGGUUUUAUCUAGUGGCCAAUGUUAUUUUUUUCUUUUUUGGCGUUCUGCACUGUUCUCUGUGUUGGAAGUUAUAAUCCCAAUUCCUGUCUUUCUUAUGUGGAAGUGAUCAAGUCAAGUGUGGCUGUAGGCACUUUGUCUUCCAACGGUGCUAUGUUUUUUUCUGUUUUCAAAUACUUGACUGAACCCAGCUGUUUGGCAAACCUUCAUUGGUGCUGUCCCUGGAAAGGGAUUAUAAAAACAAGACGUGAAGAUCUUGGCUCUUUGGUGCUGAAAAUGGAUGAUGGACUUUGGCUGUGAGCCAGGCUUUUGGUGGUACUUGUCUCAUAUCCACGUAGUCUUCUACUGGGGCCAUAAUCCUAUCCUGGAAAAAGAACUCUGAAGAAAACUUGGGGGAAAUUGAACCCUGAGGAAAACAGUCUCUGUGUUUAAUUGUAUAGAAUUGAACUCUGGUCUGAAAGUGGCUGAGGGCCAUGAUGGUGAUGGACAUUUGGGAUGUGGUUGGAAGAAUCUUUGGGGGAGGCUGGUUGAGUUAUAUUUGUUAUUUUCUGUAUAGAAAGGUUGAAAUAUAUCAACAUUUGGAAUUGUUACCCUGUCUACAGUUUCUCAAAUAAAGAUGCUAAAAAGA